UCAAGUGGAGGCGAUGGAGGGGGAGCUCGGGUUCGUCUCGGCGGCGAGACCGUCCCGCGACUCCUCCAAGGGUGGCGAUGGCUGCGGCUUCGGCUCACCGACAUGGGCGUCACCGCUGGAGACUCUGCUCGACUCGUCCUCAUCGUGCGUCUCCGAUGGCCGCGGUGGCGUCAACGGCGGCACGUCCUUCAGCUCGCCGACACGGGCGUCCCUGCCGGAGACGCUUCUCAGCUCGUCCUCAUCGUGCGUCUCCGACGGCCCUGGCGGUGGAAACGGCGGCUCGGGCUUCACCUCGCCGUUGGAGACACUUCUCGACUCACCCUCAUCGUGCGUCUCCGACAGCGGCGGCGGCAACAGCUCUUCGCUCGGGGUCUCGAAGGAGCGAGAGAGCGAGCUGCAGGAGCCGGAGAGGCUCCUGCGCGCGAUCGCCGAGCGCUACGACGACUGCUUCCUCCGCCUGCGCGACGCCACGGCCGAGCUCGCCGACCUCCGCCGCGAGCGCUUCCGCCUCGGCGCCGAGAACCUGUACCUCUCCCUCAUCCUCGAAGAGCUCGAGGCCGAGCAGAGCAAGCAGGCGUCCGCGGUGGCUCUGACCCCACCGCCGAAGCCAGUACAGGCUGAAGCAGCAUUCGGAUGCGCCCCGAAGAGCAUCUCCAUACGUUCGAAGGGCUUCCUUUCGCAGAAGCAGCCGCAAGGCGAGUCCAAGCCACAGCGCCUCCGUGUUCGCGCGUCUCCGGCGAUGGAGGUGAGCCUCCAAAUCCUACUACUAUUCAAUACCCACCAUUUCACACCGCCCAGAGCCUUGCCUGUUUUACUCGUUGGAAAUUUGCUCUUAAGAAAGUAG